GAAUAUAGGGAAACGAUGGAGUGCGCGGCGAAGGGACGCGGAACGCGUUGUAUCGGGCCUCCUACUCGACGAUGUGGUCGCUGCGGUGUGGUUGCUUACUGCUCCGUCGCUCACCAGCUUUCACACUGGAGUGACCACAAGGAAGAAUGUGCCAGAUUUGAACAGCAAAUGAGAUCUGCAGAUGUUUUGCAUGAUUUUCCUUUUACAUUCUCUUCGGAAGCUUUGGUUCAGGUUCAUGAAAAGCCGGAGACUAGGUGUUCCUUCUUUAUGAGACAAGGCCUUCAUCAGGUAGGAAUGUGGAGAUACGAAUGUCAUUGCGGGGCAUCAGUUGCUGCUUCUGAUUGUCCGAGGAUGAUUUAUGAUUGGAAUCUUCCAACCAUAUUAUGCCCAUGCCGUGAGCCAAAAACUCCAACAUCAAUGCGUUUGAGUAAUUGGAAAGACUACUAUGAAUGGAGAUGCCUCCCACUCCAUUCACCUGUUGCUUUGCUUCUUCAGUGGACAGUUACUAUAUAUCAUGCCAUACAACUUGCUGCUGUAAGAAACUCAACUAAUGAAAAUAGCAACAAACUGUACAUACACUAUCUAGGGCCUGAUAAAGAACUGCUUCAACUUGCUGUCUUUGGGGAGUUGAGAGCUCUUCUUCCCGGUAUUCAGGUUCAUAUAGACCUUAUUGGUCCAGCAGUUCCACAAUUUAGGGAUGGAGAAAGGAUUGAUCUCUGCAGGUAUGCUCGUUGUACGGAGAUAGAUUGUGCUUGUAAAUCUUCAACUGAGAAUGCUAGCUUGGGAGUAUCAAAUGGCAUAAAUUCACCUGUGACUCUGCAACUCCAUAAAGGUUUUUAUCAUGAACGGCAUAGAGAAAUAGUGAAGGAUUCCUUUCCUCACUUGGUUGUUGCUUCAAAUGCUGGUAUUGCUGCCUAUUCUAGCUGGUUACCAACUUUAGAGCUUAUAAAGGAGAUGAAUGUACCAGCAAUUUUUUCUGAUUACUGUGAAGAAGCUGCAAAUCUGGCUGCUUGUUGCAUAAGCUCUGUAACUGGCCGUCCUCUUGGGAUUCCUAUUCAAAUAAACCCAUUCAGGCAACCAAUGGUGGUGGAAGAUAGUUCUUUGUUCCUCCCUUGCUAUUCAAAUUGCUUCAUCUUUGGGAUGUGAAGAGGGUGUUUGAAGCUUUAAUGACCAUUUGAAGAUAUAGUUUUCACUGCAUUGGUCUAGUAUUUCCACCCAAAGAAAGCAAUGGGAACAGAGAUAUAAGCACCUUGAGAAUGUCCUUCAAUUUAUCUUCUGAUGUAUUUAAUGCAGGAUGGUAGCGAAGUGGAGCAUUAUGACUGGAAGGCUACUAAGCUAAGUUGC